AUGAACACCCUUUCACCACAAAAAGAAUCAACCUCACCCUCAAAACCAACACCACCAGAACCCAAAACACCCUCAAAGAUAAAACAAAAAGAAUCUCAAAUUCAACAAAAAUACCUCCACCGCAUAUCAACCCACCCAACCCUAACCCCCUACCGCCGCCGCGUCUACCGAACCCUCCUUUCCGUCCCACCAGGCCGCUGGACAACCUACUCCGCCAUGGCAAAGUAUCUCAAUUCCAGCGCUCGAGCAGUCGGAAACGCCAUGCGCACUAAUCCCUUUGCGCCGGAGGUGCCGUGUCAUCGGGUUCUUGCUGCGGAUGGGUUUUUAGGUGGGUAUAAAGGGGAGUGGAAGGUUGAUGGGACUUUUCGGGAUGAGAAGAGGGUGCGGCUUAGAGAUGAGGGGGUGGUUUUUGAGGAGGGGCGAGCUAGGGGGGAUUGUUUUAUGGAGUUUCAGGAGUUGGGGGUGAAAGUGAAGAGGUGA